AUGGCAGCUAUAAGAAAAAAGUUGGUUAUUGUGGGAGAUGGUGCGUGCGGUAAGACAUGUUUAUUAAUAGUGUUCAGCAAAGAUCAGUUUCCUGAUGUCUAUGUGCCGACAGUUUUCGAAAAUUAUGUUGCCGAUAUAGAAGUAGACGGGAAACAGGUUGAACUUGCCCUAUGGGAUACUGCAGGACAGGAGGAUUAUGACCGACUGAGGCCUCUCAGUUACCCAGACACCGACGUUAUUCUAAUGUGUUUUAGUAUUGAUUCACCAGAUUCGCUCGAAAACAUUCCGGAGAAAUGGACGCCUGAGGUUCGUCAUUUUUGCCCAAACGUUCCGAUAAUACUUGUGGGCAAUAAAAAGGAUUUACGUAAUGAUCCACAGACUUUACGUGAGUUAGCAAAAAUGAAGCAGGAACCCGUCCGUCCCGAACAGGGAAGAGCGAUUGCUGAACAAAUAGGGGCUUUUGCAUAUCUUGAAUGCUCUGCGAAAGCAAAAGACGGUAUUCGUGAAGUCUUUGAGAAAGCAACACAGGCAGCUCUUCAGCAAAAGAAGAAAAAGAAGGGCAAAUGUGAUUUGUUGUAA